AUGGCCAACGAAGGAAAUGAAACCGGAUCAUCAGUCAGCAGUACCAUCCCAAUAGAACAGAUCAUGGAAAGGGCAGUCACCAACUUUUUACAGGCCUUGCAAAGCAGCAUAACCAAUGGGACAUUAGAAAGACGAAAAGAACCGACUUCCAUUAAACAAUUUCAGGAUCUGAAACCCACCACGUUUAUCGGUAGUCCAAACCCACUAGUAGUAGAGGCUUGGGUCAGGGACAUGGAGAAAAUCUUUCGCACACUACCUUGCACAGAAAGACAGAAGGUGACUUUUGCCACCUUCACCUUCAAGGACGAUGCACAAGAAUGGUGGCUCAUUACCCUGGAAAAGGAAGAUAUUGAACAAAAAGCGUCAGAAUUCAUACAUCUAAGGCAAGGAACCAUGACAGUAGCCGAAUAUGAAAGUAAGUUCACACAGCUAGCCCGGUUCGCGACAUAUGUUAUUCCCACCGAAGCUCGAAAAGCUAGGAAAUUUGAAGCAGGGUUGGAUCUUGAAAUUAAGGACAGGCUGAAGGUUUUCAAACUACCAACCUAUGCGGCGGUGGUAGAUCGAGCAUACAUUGCGGAAAAAGGAUUAAAGCCUUGCAAUCUAGGGAGCCAAGUCAGAGGAAGCGAUAUUGGGAAAGAGAUAACAGAAGGCCCGGCGUCACACCUCCCAAGAGAAUAA